AUGCAACCGCCUGUGAUUGUACGCACUUGACCGCCGCAAAGUUUCAACCGCGGCGGUUGAAUGGAGAGCUGCGGCCCGCUCCGCGGCUGGCCGCCAUCUUGCUUGUACGCACUUGCGAUUUCAGUUUGCGGCGAGCCGCCGAUGAGUUAGUACGUGAGUCGCAGUCAUGAACUUCGACACAGAGAAAUUCAUUGUUGAAAUUCAACAACGAGAAUCAAUUUGGAAUUGUCAAGGAGCAAUAUAUAGGAAUAGAGAUUUAAAACGGAAACAAUGGGAAGAAUUAGUAGACAUUUUUGGAAAAGAUGAGAUGACAACAGUAUCCAUCAAUGAAACUGAUUCAAAUAUGCCAAGGCAAGAAAAUGAUGGAAAUGAAACAGAAAAUGUCACUGACCCAGUCAUACCACCACCGCCAAAACGAAAUAAAAAGAAAAAAAAAGAAGAUGAUAUAGGAGUUGAAUUGAUUAACGUCUUAAAUAAGAAUGUCGAGUUCAGAAAGGCCGAAGAAGAUGAAGAUAGACUGUUCUUUUUGUCGUUGGUUAGUGAAAUAAAAAAAGUGCCUGAACAUAUACGCCUACGUACAAAAGCUAAAAUAAUGCAAGUCAUUACUGAAGCCCAAACGUCUGGAUACAACUACUGUAACUCUACUUGGGAUUACGUGCGACCAUUUAACUACAACCAAGGGCCACAUCAAGGAUAUCAGACACCAUCAUUUGCUAGAAAUAAUAACCCACCACCACCACCACCGCCCUCAGUUCCACCUACACAUCGUGGAACAUGGAAUGAAGGAGAAUCUGUAACUUCUCCUGAAUCAACAUAUUCACAGAAUACACAUAUGUCUCAAGAAUCUGAUUAUUUAGAUCUUUUUAAUGAUAAUAAUUCUCAGUAAUAGUUAUAGUUUCCUACUUUUAUUGUUCUUUGUGGUUAUGAAUACACAUUGCGAUUCAAAUUAAAACAUAAUAGCUAGCAAAAACAUUUUUUAUUUAAAAUACAUACCUUAACGUUAUAACUAAUUUCUCUUCGGGUUGGAUACAGUCACGAAAUUUAGUAUCUUGUCCUUUGAUGGUGACAUAUAAAACUGUUAGUAAUUCUUCAAAUGACGAAACACUCAUUCUAACAUAGCCAAAGAAUUUAUCUUGGUGCUUCUUCAGUUCUUGAAAACAACUUGCGAACUGGCCAAAUUCAUUACGUGUUUCUAGUAAAGGAUGAAUCCAGUAUCUUUUUUUAUUUUUCUUUCGUUGUUUUCGGGAGUAAUAAUAAAUAACACAAGCUAUCUCGACGGCGUCCAUUUUGUUUAUGAGGUACGCGGGCCGCUCUGGUCCAACCGCUUAACGCGUUAUCAUCGCGGUUUUUUCGCGAUUGGCCGCCAUAGCGGUCAGCCGCGAUGAAACCGCGUUAAGCGGUUGGACCGCUCAAACGAACCGCCUAGGCGGUCAAUCGCUAGUGCGUAUAAGCCCUAACACUCUUAAUGAACAUUACUUUAGUUUAAUCUAUUCACUAGUAUUGUAGAAAAUUAAGUCAACAUAAUAUUAUUACUUAUUAGCCAUAAUUAUUGUAUAGGCUAGAUUGUAAUUCAUAUCUUUAACAACAGAUGGAUGGACUUCAAAGCCAAAUUAACACUACAUAUCACUUACAGCUCAUUUCCUUAAUGAUAAAACUGAACUAGAAUCAAAAGUGUUAGAAUGUUAUCAAUUUUCGGAAAUAAUGAGAAUCUGUAAGGACUGGAAUAUCACAAAUCUGAUUGUAGCUGUAACAACGGAUAAUGCUAAUAAUAUAAAAGCAGCCGUAAGACUAGGUACUUAAGUGGAAGCAGAUUCUAUGUUUUGCUCAUAUUUUAAAUAUAAUGGUACAGUUGGCUUUAAAAGAAAUUAAAUCCACGCAGAUUAAAAUUAAAAGCAUAGUAGAACAUUUUAGACGAAGUCCACUUGCGUCGGAAAGAUUUAAAACUAUGCAAAAACAA